ACGAGAACCGCUCCCAGCGCGAAGUCGGUACCAGCAUUGCCCAGUAUUGCUGCAUAUUGCCAAGCAAGAACCAAGUUGUUCUCCAAAGAGCGCGACGCGAUCAUCGAGGUUUAAAAACGUCUGCCACACCCACAGCUUCUGUCAAUCGAUAGACACUUGGCAAAGGGUCAAGUGCCAUCCUUGCAACGUAUAUUUCUGGUUUCCGUCUACGAGUAGCAUCCUCAAGUUCACCGGCUUUCAAGUUUCAUAAUAAGCGGCCGAAAUACAGAUAGAAUGGCAGCUUCUCAGUAUUACCAUGUGCAGCAGUGCACCCCAACAAUUUACCCAGCUGAUCCCUUUGACCCAGAAGAGGAUGCAACUCUCCUGAGAAAUGCUAUGAAGGGAUUUGGAACAGAUGAGAGAACCAUUAUUGACGUCCUUGCUCGCCGGGGAAUUGUACAACGCCUUGAAAUCGCCGACAAAUUCAAAACCAUGUUCGGCAAGGAUCUCAUUUCAGAAUUGAAAUCCGAACUUGGCGGAAAUUUUGAAAAUGCUAUCGUCGCUCUGAUGACACCUCUUCCGGAAUUCUAUGCCCGCGAAUUGCACGAUGCAAUUUCCGGAAUGGGCACUGAUGAGGGUGCCAUAAUCGAGGUUCUUGCGUCCCUCAGCAAUUACGGCGUCAAAACUAUAUCGGCCGUCUACAAAGAUCUGUUUGACAGUGAACUAGAAGAUGAUUUAAAGGGAGACACAUCUGGCCACUUUAAAAGAUUGCUGGUAUCUCUUUCAUGCGCAAGCAGAAACGAGGAUUCUAGUGUAGAUGAAGCUGCAGCUGUCGCAGAUGCUGAAAGACUUUUGGAAGCAGGAGAAGGCCAAUGGGGAACCGAUGAAAGUACCUUCAAUGCUAUUUUAAUUACGAAAAGCUUUCCCCAACUCCGAAGAAUAUUUAAUGAGUACGAACGCCUCUCUGGAAAUAGCAUUGAAGAUGCUAUAAAGAGAGAAUUCUCCGGCGCUCUGGAAGACGGAUACCUCGCAGUUGUAAGGUGCGCUCGUGACAAGACUACAUAUUUCGCAAAGAGAUUGCAUGAAGCAAUGUCUGGCAUGGGAACCACGGACAAAACUCUCAUUCGUAUAAUUGUCGCCCGAUCAGAAAUUGAUUUGGGUGAUAUUAAGGAAGCGUACCAAGAAAAGUAUGGAAAGUCACUUGCUGGCGAUAUCGAUAGUGAUUGUGACGGAGGCAGCAAAAGACUUCUGAUUGCUAUGCUGAAUUAGGAAGCCUAGAAAUACUCCAAAUAUAGAUUAUCAUUGUAUUUAAUUUUUAAACUAUGCCAGUCGUCUGAAAUAUUUGUUACAUAGAAGUAGAUUUUAUACAAUUUUUUUUUAUUUGCAUUCUACAAAACGAGAUUAUUAUUGUAAAGUUAUAGUCUAUAUAAGAUUCUUUUUUAAGAGAAAUAUAUGUGUAGAAACUUAGAACAGAACAUUAUAGGAAUUAAAUCAAGUAAAUGGAAGAUAGUUUACACAAAUGAGCGAAGAUUGGAACAAAAAUCAUGACAAUGAGGUGAGUCUGCAAUUUUUUAAUAAACUAAAGAAUCGUUCAUUCUUGACAGACCCAAUAAAAAGAAUGACUGUUGCCUUAAAA